GUGUACGGAAAGGAUCCUCACGCGGCCGUCAAAAUGAAUAAAUCCUGUGCCCGGUGCCAGAAGGUGGUCUAUCCGAUCGAGGAGCUGAAAUGUUUGGACAAGACCUGGCACAAGACGUGCUUCAAAUGUCACGAGUGUGGCAUGACGCUGAACAUGAAGACGUACAAAGGAUUCAACAAACUGCCCUACUGUGAAGCACAUAUUCCUAAAGCCAAAGCUACGACGAUCGCAGAGACACCAGAGUUCAAGCGUAUCGCGGAAAAUACCAAAAUCCAAUCGAACGUCAAAUAUCACGCCGACUUCGAGAAGCUGAAAGGGAAAGUAACGCAGGUUGCCGACGAUCCGGAAACGCUACGAAUCAAGCAAAACACGAAAAACAUCUCCAACGUCGCAUACCAUGGCGAUCUGCAGAAGAAGGCAGCGAUGGAGCGACAGCGAGAGUGCACGGAAAUCAUUGACAGUAAAGACAAUAACGAUCUAGAAUCGGAGUACUUUUCGGAGCAACUUGCAGCGGAAUCGCUCCCCCAUUAUCAGCCGCCGCCACCACCACCGGUCGUGGCACCGGCCGCAUCAUCGCAGCAGGUCAACAACAAUGGUGGUAUGGCGGUAGGACCGACCAACACCGCUACCCAGCAGGCACAGAUUAUCUCCACCGCCAACAUUACCAAACACAACCAGGCGAACAGCUACCAAGCAUCGCUUCAGCAGCAGCAGCAGCAGCAACAGCAGUAUCAGCAGAUGAACAAUAACAACAAAUCCGGCGGUGGCUAUCCACACGCUCAGCAGCAGGGAGGAUAUGCUGCCGGUGGUACGACGGCAUACCAUCAGCAUGCCACCAAUGCUAAUGGUGCCGGAGGUUCGAUCGGUAAUGCUGAGCAUGUGCGUCAUUCGGUGCUCCAAAACUCGGCCACACCGUCCGGUGGAGGUGGUGGCGGUGCUGCAACGCAGAAGUACUACGAUCCGUACGAUAACUAUGCCCGCCCGAAUCCUGCUGCCAAUCAGGUGAACAACAAUGGUACUACUGGUGCACAUAUGGGCAACAACAAUCAUCACUAUCAUCACAGUCAGCAGCAGCAGCACCAGCAGCAGCACUUGCACCAUCAUCAGCAACACCACGGAGGUGGUGGUAUGAUGGAUCAGCAGCGUGCAAACGGUUCAGCAGCUGCGGCAUAUCAUCAGCAGCAGCAGCAGCAGCAACAUAUGCACCAUGGUCAGGCUAACAACCACCAGCAUCACCAUCAGCAGUCGGCAGGAAUGGUUGAUCCGUAUGCUCAGCAGCAACAACAGCAACAACGCUACAGUGCCAACAGUAACAGUCAGUACGGUGGUGCAAUGCACGCACAGCAGCAGCAACAACAACAGCAUAUGUAUCAAUACAACAACGGUAACAUGAACAAUGGUGCAGCAUCAGUAGCAGCAGCAACUGCCGGUGCCGGUAGUAUUGGCAAAAUUGCUGACUACGAUCCACUCACGGACGGUCCACGAAAUGUGCCGCAACCGAACCGUCAGAGCGCAACGCUGAUCUACAGCUCCGGCAAUAUGUCAUCGAACAACAAUCGACGAAUCGGUUCGGUUAACGAUAUUGAUCCGGUGAACGGUUACUAUGGCUCGGUAGCGGACAACUCGCAGGCAGCUCUAUAUCAGCAACAACAGCAGCAGCAGCAGCAACUGUAUCAACAACAGCAACAACACCGGCAAUCCCAGCAACAGCAACCGCAAUACAUUCAACCGCCCCAGCAGUACGCUGCACCUGCUUCAAACGCAUCGGGCAAAUCGAUGAGCAAAGUGCGCGUCUACCGAGCCCUAUACGAUUACGAGGCGCAGGAUAGUGAUGAGGUCGGUUUCAGCGAGGGCGAUCUGAUCAUCGAAGUCAACUCGAUCGAUGCUGGCUGGAUGACGGGACGCGUGGAGCGCACCGGACUAACCGGCAUGCUGCCGGCAAACUAUGUUGAGCUGAUGAAAAUAUAAAUUUAAACCA